AUGAAUGAUCUUGUUGAUCCGGGUCAGUCAGCUUUUGUACCAGGAAGAGUGAUCACUGACAAUAUAAUACUGAGUAAUGAAUUGGUGAAGGGCUAUGGAAGGAAAGGGGUAUCACCGAGGUGCAUGUUGAAGCUAGAUAUGAGAAAGGCCUGCGACUCAGUUGAGUGGUGCUUUAUAGAGCAGAUCCUCACUCAUCUUCACUUCCCUGAUCAAUUUAUACAAUGGGUGAUGGCAUGUAUAAGGUCAGUUUCAUAUUCAGUUAUCAUAAAUGGGUACCCUACUGCCCCUUUCCGUGCAAAAAAAGGUUUGAGGAAAGGGGACCUAAUGUCGUCGUUCCUAUUUGUGCUAGCAAUGGAGUACCUCACUAGAAUCUUGAAGACACUAAAGAGGCAACCUGAUUUCAAUUAUCACCCUAAGUGUGAAAGGCUGAACAUUGUACAGUUGAGCUUUGCAGAUGACCUCUUAUUGUUCAGCAGAUGA